AUGAUCAGUGUUUCAGAAACCGGGCGUAAAACCCCAAUGAGAAUAUACAUAGCAAAGAGAAAAAGUGAACCAAUUCCAUUUGAUGAUUCGAAAGGUUUCACAACUGAUGAGCUGAGACGAUUUGUUCGCGAAAAAACUGGAAUACAUCUACACCUGCCAGGAUGCGUCAAGGAGCUCGACAAACUUGCAGCAAAAUUUAUGAAAGCAGAUAAAGAAAGUAAAGAAGCAAUUUUGGAAGAAGCUAAGAACAUCAUGAAGGGCCUUGUUGAAAAGGACUCUGUGUCUGGCAAAAUUUAUAAAAUUAUUAUGGAGAAAGUUUUGGAAAAAGGAGAUGAAUUUACUAAAAUGGAAAAUGAAAGAGUAAAGAAACUUCUCAAUGGUAAAAUAUCAGAUGAAAAGAAGAAAGAGUUGGGCAUAAGGCUUAAUAUCUUACAAUCAUUCAAAAUUCCAUUAAAAGAAAAAAAUAUUGUGAGGAACGAUCUC